AUGGGCUUAAAGUGGGAGGAAAUUUUGUGUGGAUCAACAUAUCAAUCCAAGAUAUUCAAUAUUAGUAGAAGACAUUACAUUACAUCAACUGUCUUUGAUAAAUUCGAGCAUUUCUUCCAUAUUUUGAUCCACGAGGGAUUCCAACCCCUUAAGGAGCUAUAUUACAAGACAUGGCUCCAUAGUGGACAGAGGGUUAUUAUUCAAGAAAAAAACCAGAAACAUGAUUUGCCGAUAGAAAAUGUAGUCACUGUUCAGGGGUUACCAUCUUCAGGAUAUUUAUUGGCCAAUGUUGAUAAUGGUGAAAGAUGUGAGCUUCAUCCAGAUGGAAAUAGGCUUGUUGAAGAGGAUAAUGCUGAGGAGCUCUCUGUGAAUGGCAUGACACUGAAGCCGAAGAGAAGCCGAAAAGAAGGAAGAACAAGGCUAAGAGAGUUAAGGACAAGAAGGUUGAUUGCAACAUUGGUUUGGGUUAAAAGGGUUAGAGAUGGCAAAGCUUUUAUCCACAAAAGUUGCACAACAACAAAUUAUAAGCCUGCACUCCGAUUGAAGAUCUUGUUCAAUCUCUACAACCUGUUAAAGAACCCUUACAGUCAAUUCUAUGUAUACAUGAAUGCCCUUAAAUUGGCAAUGAAUGGAAAGGUCAUAGAACAUAUCAUACCAUCUUUUAAAAAGAUAGACAGUUUCUUAAAAGAAUGGAAUCUUGGAGUUCAUGAUCAAAGAGGGAUUUUCUUGACAAUCUCUAAUAUCUUAAAGAAACACAAAAGAGAGGAACACAACUUGAAAGACUCCAAUGGCUAUCAGAGUAAUAAUGCCCCUGCCUAUGCUCAUAAUGUCCAUGUUUCUCUUCUGCCUCUUUUCCUAUUUACCUCUUAUUCACUCAAACAUUUCACACUAACUAGCAUUGAGAUUGGAGCUUGCAAUAUUAUGCCCAAAACACCUUGGGAUUUUCCAGCUUUAACAACUUUGCAUAUCAGGGGAAUUGUAUUGUGUGGAGGAAUGACGAUUGAAAAAGGAAAAAAAAUGGAUAAAUUAAACCCUAACAUAAUAUAUUGUGCAACUAAAUCAAACCUAACCUAA